GAACCACGUGUGGGCUCCGUCAUGGCGUCGGCGCCCAAGAGGUUCAAGGCGGCGGCCGGGAGCGGUUCCGGAGGGAAGGGCAGCGCCGACCCCCUCUCCGCGUUCCUGGCGUGGUGCGGGCGGGCCGGGGUGGAGCUCAGCCCCAAGGUGAGGCAGUGCGGGCCGGACCGGGCCUCCCCCGGGCCGCUCCGGUGUCUCCGGCCCCCCGUCACCGCUCCCCUCCCGGCCCAGGUGCGCCUGAGCAGGGAGGGCACGGUGGCGGGGUACGGCCUGUUGGCCGCCGAGGAGCUGGAGGCGGGAGAGGUCCUGUUCACCAUCCCUCGCACGGCGCUGCUGUCCCAGCACACCACCUCCAUCCACACCCUCCUGCAGGAAGCCCAGGAGUCCCUGCAGAGCCAGUCCGGGUGGGUCCCUCUCCUGCUGGCCCUGCUGCACGAGUACACAGCCAGCAGCUCCCAGUGGCAGCCGUAUUUCUCCCUCUGGCAGGAUUUCCGGAGCCUGGAUCACCCCAUGUUCUGGCCUGAAGAAGAGCGAACAAGGCUCCUGCAGGGCACAGGCAUUCCAGAAGCUGUGGACAAGGAUCUAGCUAACAUCCACCUGGAGUACAGCUCCAUCAUCCUCCCUUUCAUGGAGUCCCAUCCUGAUGUCUUUGACCCCAAGCUGCACACUCUGGAAUUGUAUAAGGAGCUGGUGGCAUUUGUCAUGGCCUACAGCUUUCAGGAACCUUUGGAGGAGGAAGAUGAAGAUGAGAAGGGGCCCAAUCCUCCCAUGAUGGUGCCUGUAGCAGAUAUUUUGAAUCACGUGGCCAACCACAACGCCAACCUGGAGUACUCUCCUCACUGCUUAAAAAUGGUGACAACACAGCCCGUGGGGAAGGGCCAGGAGAUCUUCAACACCUACGGGCAGAUGGCCAACUGGCAGCUGCUGCACAUGUACGGCUUCGCCGAGCCCUACCCCGGCAACACCCACGACACCGCCGACAUCCAGAUGGUGACGGUGCGCGCAGCGGCGCUGCGGCGUGCCAGGAGCGAAGCGCAGCAGCAGCUGGUCUCAGAGCAGUGGGACUUCUUGUGCCAGCUGGAGAUGGUGGGCGAGGAAGGUGCCUUUGUGCUUGGCUGGGAUGAGGUGCUGACAGAGGAAGAGCUGUCUGUGACCCUGAAGGUGCUGUGCAUGUCAGAAGAAGAAUUCAAGGAGUAUAAGGAACAAGAUGGCUGGGAAGAUGACAGUGAGGAAGAGGAAAACUCUACCCUUUCCAACGAGGCUCUCUCCAGACUAAAAACCCCUUGCAAGAAGCUCCUUUAUGACAGUGUGCUGCUGACCCUGGAGUCCUACAGGUCAGACCUGAAAGCAGAGCAGGACUUGCUAAAUAACAAGGAGGCUUAUGAGAAACUGAGUCGAAGGGAGCAGCAGGCUCUGCACGUGCGCUACGGACAGAAAAGGAUCUUGCAUCAGCUGCUGGAGCUGGUACGAUAGAAACCUGGACAGGACCUGCCCAGGACUGAUCCAAGGGGAAGGGCAGCCUCUGGACAUCAGUCCUGCAGCAGGGAGGACAGAUGGCAAGAUUGACUAAAGGCCCACUUGUCCCUUAUAUGGCAUGUGGCUUUUGAGCUACCUCUACAUAAAGAAGUAUCUUGACAGCAC